AUGGCGACUCGCGCGCAGUUCGAGAACAGCAAUGAUGUUGGCGUGUUCGCCCGCCUCACAAACGCCUACUGCCUGGUGGCGCUGGGCGCAGCAGAGAACUUCUACAGUGUGUUCGAGGCGGAGCUGGCGGACCACAUACCAGUGAUCAAGACCUCCCUGGCAGGUACCCGCCUGGUGGGACGCAUGUCCGUGGGCAACAAGAACGGCCUCCUGCUGCCAAACACCACAACAGACCAGCUGAUGCACAUUCGGAACUCGCUGCCCGACGAGGUGGUGGUGCAGCGCAUCGACGAGCGGCUGUCUGCGCUGGGCAACGUCAUCGCCUGCAACGACUAUGUCGGCCUCAUCCACCCAGACAUCGACCGCGAGACCGAGGAGAUCGUGGCCGACGUGCUGGGCCUGGAGGUGUUCCGCCAGACGGUGGCGGGGAACACGCUCGUGGGCUCCUACGCGGCCUUCACGAAUCAGGGGGGCGUGGUGGCUCCCGGGACGACCGUGGAGGACCUGGACGAGCUGUCCUCCCUCCUCCAGGUCCCGCUGGUGGCGGGGACCGUCAACCGCGGCAGCGAUGUCGUCGGCGCGGGCCUGGUGUGCAACGACUGGAGCGCCUUCUGCGGCCUGGACACAACAACAACAGAGCUCUCCGUGAUCGAGUCUGUGCUGAAGCUGCGGACGAGCAACCCCUCCCAGAUUGUGAACGAGAUGAGGGCCUCACUCAUCGACAGCAUGGUCUGA